AUGAUCUCCAAGCUGCUGGGCGCAGCCCUGGGGGGCGCAGGCAGCUUCGUGUUCACUGUAUGCGAUCCAGAGAGCGUCACGCGUGACUUUGCGGGCCAGCUGGGGCGCUUCACUCCUUGCUUCCUGGACAUCGUCGUGCUCGUCGCGGCCGCGCCCCGCGCCCCGCGCCUCUGUAGCGGCGACGGCCACGCCACCACAGCGCUGUCGGCAGGCGGUGGCCGGCCUUUCAACCCCUGGAUGAUUCAAGGGGCGGUUGCGCACUCCGCCGCAGCCAGUUUUGCACUGCCGGCUGCUCCCAGCCUCGUGCCGCGGUCCGAUCGUUCCCAAACCCCUCCGCCCGUCUCGCCGCCGCCGCCGCACGUCGCACCCGCAGGCACCGCGCACACCGUCGCCAUCGUCCUCUACGCAUGCUGGCUCGCCUACGCCGCCAGCGGCGCCGCGGACCGCUACCGCAUCGCGGGGGCGUCCCGGCGUGCCGCGCGCGCGCUGGGCCUGCUGGCCGGAUUCUGUGCGCUGGUGCCGCUUUUUGAGCUCAAUGCGCGCGUGGCGCAGCAGAGCGUGUCGCUGCUGGGGGGAGGCGUCGCGCCGCACGAGAUCGCGGGCCUGCUGCUGUCCGCGCUCUCCUUCGGCCUCCUCUCAUUCGUCAUCGCCCGCCAGGCCGCCGGCUCCUACAUCCAGCACCGCAGGUGGCUCGUCGCCGCGCCCCUACUCGUCGUCGCCAGCGCCGAGCUGGUCAAGCUGCGCUUUGUGAUCCUCCUCCUCCUCGCAACACCGGACGACGCCCCCCGCGACCCCGGCCCCGCGCCCUCGCCCGGGGCGCCGCCGUCGCUGGCGUCUUACUUUUUCGUGCUGUAUGCCGUGUUUGUGGCCGCCCAGUGCUGCCUCGCCGCGGCGGUUGCCGCAUGGCGCCCAGCGGCGCGCGACCUCGUUUUGGUGGCGCCCGGGCGCCGCGGCGCGCGCGGCGGGCGGCGCGCGGCCGCGGACGGCCUUGGGGCGUACGCGGCGCUGGCAGGGGGAGAGGAUCGGGAGGCGGCGGGCGGCGGUGACGUCAGCGGUGGGGCACCGGUGUGCCCAGAGGCCGGGGCUGGGCUGUGGUCCCUCAUGACGUUUGGCUGGAUGAGCCCGCUGGUGCGCAAGGGCUCUCGCCAGCCGCUGACGGCUGAGGACGUGUGGCGCGUGCCCCCGGGCGACCGGGUGCAGGGCCUUGAAGCAACGUUCCUGAGAUCGUGGCACCGCCAGCUGGCAAACAAAGGCCCGGAGCGCGCGUCGCUGCUGGCGGCCUGCUGGGCUGUCGUGGGCGGCCAGUUCAUCAAGGCUGUGCCCUUCAAGCUCGUCAACGACGCAUCACAGUUCGUCGGCCCCACCAUCCUCAACCUCCUGCUGGCCGUCGUCGCCGGCGAGGCCCUAUCAUCAACCUCGGCCUACAAACUUGUCAGCCUCGUUCUCCCCGGCUUCAGCGAUCUGGAUCCGAUCGGCGGCGGUCCGGCCGCUGGCGUCAUCGUCGGCGCCGCGGGUGCCGCGCUGCCGGCAAGGAGCCUACUUGGGGCGGACGGGCCCCAGGGCUGGGCCAGCGCCGCGGCCGCGUGGUGGGCGGCGCUGGACGGGCGCGGCAAGGGGUACGUGCUGGCGGCGGCGCUGUUCCUGGGCACUGUGUCGGGCACCCUCGCAGAUGCGCAGCACUUUCACGCGACACAGCGCGCCGGGUUCAGGCUCAAGGCGGUGUUCAUGGCGGAGGCGCAGCGCAAGGUCCUGGCGCUGUCGCCGGCCGCGCGGGCGCGCUUUGGCAGUGGGCGCGUGUACAACAUGGUGGUGUCGGACACACAGACCCUGCAGGACUUUUGCAUGAACGUGAUGGGCAUGAUGUCGUCACCCCUGCGCAUCAUCAUAGCGAUGGUGCUGCUGUGGCACCAGCUGGGGGCCGCGUCACUGGUGGCGGUGGCCUGCAUCCUCGCGACAGUGCCCGCAAACAGGCGCGCGCGCGGAUGCGGCCUCCGAUCUGUUUGGUAG